AUGAAUACGGCUGAGUUUGAAGACGGACAGUUCUGGCUGAUUGUAGACCCAGACUACAGCCUUAAGAUCUUGACAAACUGUGCAUAUUGGGGUGAUGUUGGUGGAAUUCGCGGGAAGUACCGUAAAUUUUGGAAUUUACUGCAAAAGAUAGGUGAUCUGACCCUGCAAAGUAUCAUGCUGAGUGAGCUACUCCAAGACGGAUCAGCCAAGCUGUUGGUCUUGGGAUACGCCAUCUUCCUGUUUUUGAGUCGCGCUUGGCUGUUCGUCGAUCCAGCUGAGCGAUCCCUAUUCAGCACAAGCUUGAACUCACUACGGGUCCUGUCAUACUCUGACCUAGUACUGCACCUCAGCAUGAACUUUUCGUUUUGCCUACGCUUUCUCACCUAUCCAGAGUGCGUGGUAUAUGCGUAUCAUUGGAAGACAGGUGAGGUGUGUCCAUGUCGAAUACUCGUGGACAUUUACCGCACACCGCAGACCUUCGAAGAAUGGAUCAAUCCUGUGAACGUGUAUGACAAAGUCAAAGCAUUAUCGGCUGCAGGUAAGCUGCAGAACUUGCAGCUUGUCAAUCGUGCUCUCCCGGACUGGCCGGAAGAACUGCAGACGUGCAAAAAUCUUCAAUAUCUCUCGAUGGUCUACACAGAAACGAAGGCACUUCCUGACUGGGCGACAGAGUGGACACAGCUCCAAUUCCUGCAUAUUCAAGGGAAGCAGCUACGCCCGAGCUUAACCUAUUUGCCUGAAGAUUUAUUCAGCAAUAUGCCGUCCCUCCAAAUGAUCCAUCUAGGUAUGCAUCCAAAGCUGCUGCGGCUUCCAGCACUUAGUGGUGUACCAAACCUCCGUAGCUUGACCCUUGCCACUCUACAUCUCGUCAGAGAAAUUCCGUCACUAGACCAAGUACCAAGGCUACGACACAUCACGGUGUCGUAUAUGGAAUCGCUCCAAAUUAUCCCUGAUUUCGAAAAACUGGAGAAUGUCGAGGACUUCGUGAUCGCCGGUAUAUGCCCCAUUUGCUGUACCUGCAAUCCGGCCGAUUGGUUUUGCGCCGGGAACUCUGUGUUCGAAGUUCCGCCCUCUCCGUGCCUUGAUGAAAAAUCACCUCUACCUACUCUAGCUACUCAAAGAGUUCUCGAGAGGUUUAACGCAACCUUGUGCAUUCGCUCAGGCUUCGACAAGGCCAAGAUCGUGGAUUUCCUUUCUCAGUCUCAAAUAGAAGUCUGUGGCGGGGUUCCUUACCGACGCUGUGAGUUUCCUCCCAACAGCGGCAAGUUUGGCAUCUGCAUCAACUUCCGCCUACAAGCGUUAAUGUGUGUGGUCAAUGACGACUACGUGCGCCUACGCAAGGUGCAGAUUCAAAGGAAUGUGGGCCCGCCUUGCGAUGUUGUUGAAGAAGCGUGGCUCGGAUGUGGUGCGGGCUAA